AUGGAAGAAUGCGGUCGAGUAUGGGCUUCUCUUGAACAGGCAAUUCCAGCCUUUGGCCUGGCCAAAACAGCUAACAAUCUUGUUGUUAGUAUCGUUGCCGUCCACGGAUUAAACGAAGACCCAAUAACCGCGUGGAGUGCUCCCAAGACUGGGACGCUCUGGCUAAAAGACUUGAUCCCGAAGCACAUACCCCAAGCACGAGUUCUGUCCUUCGGAUACGAAUCCUCCCCCAGCCUUUUUGACGGGCACGGCUUUGUAGACAAAAUCCGAAGCCUUGCAACGACCUUAGUUGCGGACCUUGAAGCAGACAGAAGCUUGGGGGACUGUCGAACCCGGCCGAUAAUCUUCGUCUGCCAUGGACUAGGAGGUGUAAUUGUCAAGAAAGCACUUGCCCACUCUGCAAGUUCAACGUCUCCCCUGGUCGCUCAUCUGAAUGAGAUUUUUAUUUCGACGUUUGCAAUCUUGUUCUUUGGAACGCCGCAUAUCAAUAUUAACUUGGCCAACUGGCUUGUUCUAGAAUCCUCAGGGGUCGGAGAUGGCCGCGCUCAACGACCUGGGGGUUCACAAUCGUCACCCCCGAAGAAGCUCCAGAGCCUGGAAUCCAUUACUGAUCAAUUUGCCCCUUUGAUGAAAAAGUUCUAUACUACCAUUUUCUGGGAAGGUAUGCCGACCGAUUUUGGAGGCUAUCAUGAUUUCCUUGUUGAACCGGCCGCCGCCGCUCCGGCUAUCUACGAGAGCCCAAAAUGUGCAAUUGUCGGCGCAACUCACUCAAGAAUGGCGAAGUUGUUAGAAUGGAGUCCAUCUUACUCUACGGUGCUUGCGACGCUGAAGAGGUACUGCUUGAAGGCACCCGGCGUGAUUAAUGAUCGCUGGAAGAAGGCCAGGGAUGCACGGGCUCGAGCUAGGCUUAACGAAGCCCAUGAAAUGGCUGGUUUUCGCUUCAGCCUGCCAGACAAGCUCGCAGACCAUGUUAUAAAGGACAUUUUCAAGCAGGAAGCGCGAAAUUAG